UCUGAAGGUUGCUGUGAGGCGUUAGGACGAUGGUGGGUCGCCAUUUUUGACAUGACUUUGUGGGUUGUUUUUGGCUAAAAUGGGAGCUUAUUCUCCGUAAUUUUUGUCAUGGGGAUUGGCACAUUGUUGGCCUAUAUCCUGCUUUUAUUGCAGCGUCGUUAGUUGAUUCAUGGCUGAAGGAGUCGACAAUGACAUGAGCGAACAACGACGCGAGCAGGCCAACGUUCCGCAUGGCCAGGAGGCGGUUCGCUCGUCUCAAGUAAAGUUUGCUAUUCCGGCUACAAACUUGCAAACUGGAGUUCCAGUUCAGCCUACUCUUACAGUAAGUGGCAUUGCUACUUUACCGAACCCGGGUCCUAUAAAGAAAAAGAGUUCUUUUCAAAUUACCAGUGUCACCGAAAGUAAAAUUCAUAAUCGUGGCGAUAGUAAUGGAUACGAUGGCGAACUAGACUUAAACGAAAGCGAUAUAGUGGAAGAAGUAGAAGUGGAGCUUGAACCAGUUCCCGACCCAGCCACUGCGAAUGGCAAUGGUGCAUCUAGGUUCAAAGUAGUUAAAAUUCAAAGAAAUGAAUCUUAUGCACGCGGACGAUGGAAAUGUCACGAUUUUCCAGAUGCGGAAUCGACUCAAUCCUCAUCGACCAGUGUUUCUACAUCAAGUUCAACUAGUAUUUCUACUCAUCAGUCGAGAGACAGCGUGGAGAAAACGGACUCCCAUUCGAACGCAAAGACUGGCAUAACAAGCAAUUCUAUUGGCAAUCACAUAGCGAGUGAUACGGAGACACAAUCGUCAUCAGAGAUCCAAACGCAUGGCUCUGUUGUGAAAUCUUCAACGCAAGCAAAUGAACACAGUCCUAUUUCGGGGGAAGCAUUUGUGCCCGUGAAAAAGAAGGAUUCAGAGCCAAGAUUGGGUGUUACUGCCGAAUUGGCGAAACAGAACGAUUCUUCGGUGGCUAGAAUUUCGCCAGCUAUUGAUAAUGUGGACAGAAUAUCGCUUGAGGGAGCGCAAUCGAUCGUUGCCUCGGCUAGUGCGGGUGCCAGAGAGGCCGAGAUGCCCAUUGUGAAUAAAAUUGCAUCUGCAAUGGAACAAAUUACACAAAUUAAGUCAGACCUCCUAAGUGUUGUGAAUAAAGAAGUUCAGACAUUAAAAGAAACAAUUUCUAAACUCACAGAGGAGAAUCUAGAACUGAAGCUAGAAAAUGAGAAAUUACGGAAUUUGGUUGAAUUCAGAAGCUCGACAUCGACAUAACAGUGACCUACUCAAGUGACCAUCGAGCCUGUCUAAGACAACAGAGACUUGAAAAAAAAUCACAGAGGAUGAAUGUCCUUGUAGUGUUCAAUGAAACUUCAGUGAAGUUGUAACUUCAAUCAGGAGAUCAGCAGUCUUGUUAAUAAUUUUGACUGUCGUCACUGGAGGAUUUGCUUGUGACAAGUCAAGUUUAAACAGGUGGAAGAAUUCUGCAGUUUAUGGUUCUUUAGAGAUGUGCAGCAACAUGGCAAGAUUGCUGCAGGUUAUGGUUCUUAAGAGAUGUCAAGCAACAUGGCAGGCAUUGAUGCAUGAAAUUCCCCAGUCUUACUCAGAGUGUAAGAUGGAAGUUUAUCAAAAAACUCAUUUUGAUCACCAUCAGACAAGUACUCUGAGUCGCUCAAGUUGCCAGUGUUCCUUAUCUGAUCCAUAGUUUUGUGGCCUUGUGGUGAUGAAGAAAAGUUAUAUGCAAGAAUCAAACUGACUCUGUUAGCUUGAAUUCACUUCAACUUAUUUUUCCUGAGUAAAUACUAAAGAGAUUAUUGCUGGAAUAAAUUAUCUUUGAACUGAAGUUUAAAACCAAGGUGUAAGGCCUUGAAAUAUGAUGGGAAUAUUGCACUAUGAUUUGUCAAGACCUGUCAUAAUAGGAAUAUUAUGCAUUACAGAUAAAUAAUUGAAAGCAAAACUUGAAACUAAUUAUUUUUAAUACCAGGCUUCUUGAAAAGCAAGGAAACAAUAGUGUUCAAAAUGCCAUUAUCUUGACUAUGGUUAUUUUGGGUUCUGUGGCCUGUAACUGCAACCUUCAGUGCUUAAGCAAACUACAAAUGAAACCAUUUUAUGCAGUAUCAACUUGAAGAAUCUCAAAAAGAGCUAAAACUAGUACUUCAUUCUUCUUGCCCAUAAAUUGUUUAAGAACAUAAUUACAUUUAAGGGGUGUUGAGUGGGUUACUUUCAGAGGAUUGAAAAGUUUUUUAUAGAAGCUUGGAACAAGAGUACAAGCAUAGAGGACUAUGAAAACAUCUAUGUGAAAUUAAGUGUUGCGAGACAUGUGCCAGUUGUUAUUUUGAUUUAUAUAAUUUAAAUUUUGAAUGAACUUCCAGACAGAAAGAGAUUCAAGCUUUUUUGACUCUAUCGACAUUUUGGAUGUUAAAUUUACAACUUCAUAUACCAUUCUUCACCCCUAAAAGAUGUUUUGGUGAAAAUUGUGUUAAAUUUUCAGAAUUUUCAUUGUAUAACAGCAAGGAUCUAUCAAGCAUAAGCUCGACUAUUAAUGGGCUGAAGAGUGAGACAGGAGUUUCUAUUUCUUCAAGUUGUAAGGGCUUGGCCAUGACUAAUAACACUGUACCAUUCUUGGCCAUGGGUGCAUUGUAGAACAAGAUGGCAGGGUUACUGGUAACAUGCUUUUGGUGAAUGUCAGAUCAAGAUAGAUUUAUUUUUCUUUGUAUAAAACAAAUUGAGAGUAUUCGCCUUUAUACAAACACAAUGAAGGGUAAUUAUUUUGUGAUGAGCUGAUUUAACCUAUACACGGGGCAGGUAAACAGCUGCCUUAAUACACAUUUGUAUUUAUUUUGAUUGAAAAUGUUUAAGUUGUCAAAUGACUUAUGUAGGUUAGCCUUUUAGUUCUUCAAGUGUUUCCCUAGACUUCUGUUUCGAAAUUUGAUUGGUCUUGAAUUUCAUGGCAUUUUGGCCAUCUUCCUUUACUCAAGGUAUAACUUCAGUUAGUAACAAUAAAGGCUGAUUCCAAGGCAAGGUGUUAGCAAGUUAAACAUUUGUUCCCAUAUUUGCGUUUUCAUGUUUCUUUACUUUCAUUUGACUGUUGCCAUUUUGGAAAGGUUUUUUUGAAAGAUCUUUCGGCAAGUCCAAUCUUCCUUGCAAGCAAAGAGCAAAACAACUCCACUUCAUGUAAGCUGAAUUUCAGCUAGCCUCUCAUCUGAAAGAUGGCAUAUUUUCAAGGAGGCCAAAGUAUUUAUAAGUAAAGUGAGUUGCGAGUUAAUGAGUCAAUAAUUUUUUCCAAGACAGUAUUCUUGUGGAAAUGGUAGCAUCUGUCGGGCCAUUACCCUCUCCCCUGGGAUUAUGGACAAACUAAGAAUAGUGAUUACCAUUGUUUAUAGCUACUUGUUACCAAGAGUUAAGCUGGGCAGUUUUUUAGACUUGACUGAAGUGCUAUUGAGGCUAACCUGCAGUGCCAUUUAGGCUAACCAAAAUGCUAUGUUGGCCAACUGAGCUACCAUAAAAUUAAAAAAAUAAGCCCCAGGUACUAUCUUUUUUUUUAAAGGAGCUUUUUGAAUGUCUUAGGCCCUCUUUACAUGACCCCGAGGUUGCUUUUUACCCCAGGUUGAAACACCGCGGCAGGUAACCCUUUUGCAGUGAAAUGUUUAUAAGCGUUAAGUUGAAAACAGUAGUCAAGCCAGGUCAGGCCCCCUUGCUGCAUAACCCUUGUGGAGACUCGGGUUGACCCAGUGAGAAGGGUUGAAAUUUCUUCAAUUCUUACAUGUAAACAGUGGGCCAAAAGCUAAGCCGGGUUGGUACUUUCAGUCAAAUAACCAUGUUUUUUUUUUUGUGUGUGGUUUGUACAUCAGGACCUCCCACCAUUCCAUUAUACUUUCUAGGUUUUUUUUUCAUCUUUCUAGCCCAUGUUUUCAAUUUUUGAUUGGUAGAAAGGCUGGCUCAGGUCACGCUCGAAGCAAACCACACGCUAUUGCAGACUGACAACCCAGUUUGGUGUAAAGUGUUUAUUUUUAGCGUUCUGUACGGUGAUUCAACCCAGGGUAAAGGAGGUUUGUAUUUGGAGGGGCUUAUAGAAGGAAACUUUGCCUUUCAAGAUGGCUGGGCUUAUAACCGGAGGGAAAUCUGCAUCUGCAAUUUUCAAUGUGCGAAAUUAAUGGUAAUAUUGGGGUAUUGACAAGAAAUUUGUAACAACUUAAUCCCUCCGAACAUGCCAACUUAAAACAACAGGAAUAGAUCCUUCCAAACACAGACUGUACAUGUAUGUCAUUCAUACGGUGGCUCAAUGUAAGAUCAUGUUCUAGCUUGUCUUGUACAGUUUGGUAAUGGUAUGUUGAUUUGUAGUAAUUUAUAACUUUCUUCCUUGGAUUCCUCUAGCCCAAACACGAGAUCCAGCUAGCAGGCUAACUUUUUCUAGACUUGCAGAUGAGGGAAAAUGAAGGGAUAGGAUACAUCAAAAGAGCAAACAGCAAGAAGAUAGAACUUCCUUUUUUAUUUUUUUUUUUUACUGUUCUAGCACAAUUCAGCUAUGACCAGUGCUGUACAUCUUUUUUCUAGGAUUUUUUCACUGACUUAAUUUGUCUGAAACUUAUUUUAAACUAAGGCAUUAACAGGGGGAGGAAAUAGCAAGAUAUCUUGUAUCAACUCCAACAACUGAAUUUUGUAUAAAUUUAUCUUACUAGAACUUUUCAUGGUGAUUGUAAAAGCAAAUUGGCCUCUGGUAAUUUGACUGAAAGUUCUCUUAAAAUUAAGUCUUCUGGAGGGUGAAUGCGGUGAUUCAUUCAGCAAUGAGCCAGCAAUUAGAUAUCCUUCCUUUUGGGCUAUGUCAAAUUGGUAUAAUUUUUAAUCACAAGAUCACCUUAAAUUUAUUAAAGAAAACUAAAAACAGUUGACAAAAGUAAAGAAAGACUCAGUAAAUUAAAAGGGUGGUAGAUUGAGAAAGCUGGACCAAUCAGGCUCAAUAUGUCCCAUGCUUGAUGGAAUUCAACUGAGAAAUAAUGAUGCUUACCAUGGAAAUGAACCUUGAAGGCGACACACCAAGGGAAGAACAAUUAUUUGUCCUAUUUGACUUCCUAGCUGCCAUUAAGCUUGUCACUGCCGUACAUUACUAGUAAUUUGUUCUUUCAAUUACGUAGCAAGAUAGAUUUGCUCAUAUCAUGCUUUUUCUGCUCACUGCUUGCUAAUCAAAAACUGGCAAGUUAGUAAUCGACUGGCUACCAGUACAGCCUUGGGUAGGUUUACAACUGCCACCAUUUGUCAUUGAUCUUAGUUAUUUACAGACUUAGCCUGAUUUCCACUCACUUGCCCCUCAUCCUAGCUUAAGCUAACCACAAUGCCAAAGAGAUACUGUUUGUGGUACUUUCUUGGACCCUGAUGACUGGUUGACAGAUUUUAAUUCAAUGUUCUGUAAGUGCACUUGUGACCAUGACUCAUAAUGCCUUGAGGUACAAUGGAGUCCUGAUUUCUUGAAACCUCAUGUUUAGUGAACCUCCCAAUAACUUGAACCAAAAGUUGUUUCCUUCCCCCGUCAGACACUGUAGUUUUACUCCCAAUUUCUCAAACUACCCGAUUUUCAAACAAAUUCUGAUUUUCCUUGGAGGUAUGAAAAAGUGGGAUUGAUGUCUUUUCACUGUAUCAAAUAUAUUACUUUUCACAAGAAUGGACAAUCAGCCAUUCACCCAAUCCAGACCAAAAAGAUGAGGGGCUUUUCAUUUUAGGGCCCUGACCAAUCAGGCAAGCAAGCAAGGUCCCUGCUAAGGUAAUGAGUGCCAAAGUGAAGUGGGGAUUUAAAGUAGCCAAGGCAAGUAAGGUACUGUCUGUGUGUGUAUCAUGGCAACAUUUCCAAUUAGCUUAAUGGCAGUGGUGUUCAGUAGGGUAGCUGCCGGUUUCGCCCCAUGGCGAGUUCGCCCUCACAUCGACUCAACUCAAUCGAGUUCGCCCCCAACCAGAUCGAGUUGCAUAUAGAAAUUACUCUUCGUUCUUUUAUCCACUGCCUCAUUAGAUUACUGGUGGCGAGGAAACUUUGCUUGGUGGCGAGGUGACUUCCCUUGGUGGAGAGUUCAUUGAUGGCGAGACUCCUUCGUGGCGAGAUGACCAGUAACCGUUGGACUUUGUUGCACUGUGCUCGCGAACAAGCGAACAAUCAUCUAAGCUUAUCAAACAUACAUAGACUGAAGUGGUUCUUCGAAAACAUUCAAUAACUCGAUGACAACUGUGUAAACACCAACACUAAAAGUUGGGGGCGAACUCGAAAUAGAAAUUUUAUAGUGGGGGUGAACUCGGUGGGGGUGAACUCACCAUGGGGCAAAACCGGUAUCAUUCUUCUGUAGAGAAGGAUGAACUUCAUCUCUCUGCAGCACAGGCCACAUGUAGUCUUGAUAAUUCGAUCAUUUCAUUUUUCAGGACUCAAGCUAGCUGGCAUGAACCUACAUGUCACCAAAUCUAGCCUUCAUUUUCUAUAAAAGAAAACUCGAAAAGAAACACACUUUUCUACUUAAAUAUUCCAAUUUAUUCACAUAAAAUAGCUCUGUGAAUACAUUUUAAAGAGAUCUCAGGUAGCUCUCCAUAGAUUUACAGAUAAAUUCGAUAAUAGCCGUGGAUUUACUUUCAUUGAUUUUGUUCCCGGCAUGCUAA